GACAUCAAUGCGAAAAAAUAUCUGCCAGUAACUGCAUCACUGCUAUGACAAGUAGUCCGAAUUUAUUUUGUCUGAAUUAUAAGAACUGAGCCAGGGGAAAAAGACUAUUAUACCAGAGAGUGAAGAAAAACAAGGGUAAAAAUGGCGAAUUUUGAGAGGCCUAGUCGAAGUGAUGCUCGUCUGUCCAGCGAAGAAGCCUCGAAGAUCGAAGGGGAGACGAGGGAUUACUUUGAUGGCAUUGCACCGCAGCGCCAUGCUAAGCCUCAGCGCAGUGAGUACUCUGCUAAGUACAAUGAUGCACAGUUUGAUGGUCAUGAAAAUGAUGUGAUUCCCGAAUAUCUUGAGUUUCAGCAUCUUGAGAAAGACGAUCCGCAGAAACUGGUGUACAAGGGAAGUGCAGUACCUGAGGAGUUUGUGGAGACAGAGUACUACAAGGAUCUCAGUGGGAUUGACAAGCAGCACCACACUACAGGAACAGGGUUCAUCAAAAUGGACAACAGCGGGGGCAAGUCCUUCAGCCUCGACUCAGAUUCCAUAACAGAUGAGUUACAUGCCUCGUGCAAGGGUAAUCCGGCUACUAAUGAUUGGAUCCCGGAUUCUGGGAAAAUGGCAGAUUUUGUCUCUGACAAGCCUGGCCGGAGUGAAAACUGAAGCGGUUACCUGGGGUUUUUAUUCGAAUCUCUUGAACAAUCUGAUCUGAUGUUGUAUUGGAGAUAUACUCCUAGCAUGUCAUUGUACUUGAUACUGUUCUGAGCAAUAAGAUUAUGUUCUUCAUUCA